AUGACGGAUCAGUCGAAUGAAGAGCCGCGCUCGACCGAGAGUGAUGGCCGAGGGAACCGAGCGCGGCAAUUCCUCCUGCGCGUGGCCAACAGGAUCUUCACGGAGCGGGCUUUGUCGCAGGUCGAGGUAGUGGCCCAUUUUCAGGGGUAUGGGACAGAGUUUACAAGCAGCAACGCCUGGACGUUUCUCAACGUGUGCACUCUGUACUGGCACAUAUUUCGGCGGUGGCCGCUCCUGCGGCGUGCAGCCGGCGGAGAGAGCCUGAAGGAGCCAGUCGAAGAGACGGUCCUGCUAGGAGAAGACGGACAGAGGGUCUCGUUGUUGCAGGCAUAUCCACAUCGCGGUCGGCUUCUAGAAGGCCUAGCUCUUUACGACUACAUGUCGGUGGUCAGGCUGAAGCGGAAAGGGCAAGGUGCUGCUUGGGGUGAGAUCGAACUCGACAGCUCCUGGCCGCUAUCAAGAUCGUGGGUUCAGGUGCUGCGGCGGCCAGGGCAGCAUGCAACCCUCUGCUUCGACGGAUACCUGGGCAUGGAUUUCACUGAGGAGGAUGGCUCUUACCACAGGAGAGCAGCAGUGCAACAUCUUGCCCUCUUCGUCCCAUGGCAGGCGUUCUUGUGCGAGACGUCCGGCGAAAUAAACAGCAUUUGGGACAGAAAAAGAGCAUGUUUACCCAAGCGCGUCUCGUGGCUAGUGGACAACGUCCAAUUGCUGCGGCGGUCGGCCGAGGACGUGGCGCAGGAUGCCAAACAAUGGGCGGCAUUGUCCGGUGAGCUCGAACCCGUCAUUGACGCAGCUGAAUCAGGUAGUGCCGAAAGGGACCACGCACAAAGCGCAGCCUACCAGUCAGGUACGGUCGGGACGGCGACACGCCUGAUAGACGUAAUGAGAAACGCGAUAUCCGCUAACGAGAUUACGGCCGGCUCGAAGGAGAUCUUUGCAAUGGCGGCCGCUCUAGAGUCGGGGGACGACCUCUAUAGUACGGUCUUCCCCGAGGCCGAAGCAAGGACCGUCGGUAUCCUAGAAGGGGCCAUCUCGGGAGCGGAAACCCCAGGGCAGGAGCAGUUAAGAUCUAUCAAGGCGCAGCAGGCCGGUCUCUCCCGCGAGCGGGAGAAGGCGAUCCAGGGAAUGCAGAGCAGGUCAAAUAGCCGCGGCCGAGAAGACGGCUCUACAGCGGAAGGCGAUUGCACAUGGCCAUCGCGGGACGCGGAACCGUCAACGAGAAUCGGGUUCGGCCCGUCCACAUCGUUCUGUGAAGUGGGGAGGCUGGUGGCCGAUUCCUUGACGCUCAACCGAAGGCAGAGCCUCGCCCUCUGGCUGAUCUGCCACCAACUUGACCAAGUUCGCCGGGAUGAGAGCGGCACCGCCCAGCUCUGCUUAUUCGUCGGAGGCGAAGGUGGCACCGGGAAGUCAAGCGUCAUCGCGGCUGUCGCCGAACUGUUCGCCUGCACGGAGAUCUAG